AAUAUCUAAACUUACUAUUCGAUUUCACAUGUCCUUAUUAGUGGAAAAACUGCUUUAAUCAUGUGGGUUGAAGUUGAACAUGUCACUAGUAUGGUUGCUUCUCCGUUAGAAUACCACUUUGAAAGUGUCUCAAAACAAUUAUCUCAAGCUAAGCAACAGCUACAUGUAGAGACUAGAGAGUAAAGACACUUUUCAGGUACUGAACGAAGGGGGUAAGAAUAAGAAGGCUACCAGUAACAGUGAAGAAACAGUGGGAGGCCAUCCUAAUCCCAAAAUUGGGAAUGUAUAGUUGUCUUUGUUGGAAUGUGAGAGGGCUCAAUGGCCCUAAUAAGCAAAAGGAGGUGAAACUAUUUUGUAAUAAUGAAAAAAUUGGGCUAGUAGGGUUACUGGAAACAAAAAUAAAAGUAGGGAAGAUCAAUUUGAUGGCUUAGAAGAUGUUGGGUGGCUGACCAUUCAUUACCAAUCUUAAGGUGUUAUGAAACUAAAGUUCUAAGAUGUUGAAAAAUCCAAAAUUCCCUCGUCCACCGACUGAGGGUUUUCUCUCUCUGCCUAUGAGAGAUUUCUUCCCCUCACUGGGGUUUCAAUCCUUGAAGUUUUUCUAACCAAAUUUAUAGAUAAUCACCAUCAAACAACUAUUCCUAACCUCAAAAGCCUACCAAUCUCUGCCUUGAAUCCUUUUUAUCCGUCAAUUUUAGAAUUUCUAGGUGCUAUCUUAAACCCUAAAUUGACUUUCAACCAUCAAAAACCUUCAAAUUUCGCUGCAAUUAGGCUACAGAGAGUAUCAAUUCAACCCCUCUUGGAAGGUAAUACAGACAAUUGUAGAGAUGACGGAAGAAAUUAUUGAAAGAUUACAUCAAUUUACUCUUACGGAGGAAGAAAAGGAGACUGUGUCAAUUGAAAUUUCAGAUGUUCUGUCGAGCACAAAUGAUUGUGAGGUAAGUCUGUUUGGUAAGGUAGUCUCGGAUAAGAAAGUGGAUCUCCAAGGCGUCAAGAACACUAUGCCUUUGGCUUGGGGAAAUCCAACAGGACUGCAAAUAAAGGAAAUCAGAUGGAAUUUUUUCCGGUUCAAAUUCAAAGAUAAAGAAGGUAUGAAUAAAGUAUUAUUUGGCACACCAUGGUUGUAUGAUAAAUUCCUCCUUAAUAUACAGAUCCGGGAACCAGGAUUGAAGAGUACUUCUUCAAUUUUUAAUGUAUGUGAGUUAUGGGUUCAAGUUUGGAACAUUCCCUUACAUUGGAUGUCAAUGGACGUUGGGCACAAAAUCGGAAAUGCGUUAGGAGGUAUCGUGGAUAUUGUAAUCCCUGAAAAUGGAAGCAAAGAGGGCCAAUAUAUAAGGCUGAAAGCCAGGAUGAAUAUAACUAAGCCACUACCUAGAGGUAAGUUGAUCAAAUUAGGAUCGGAAACUACGUGGGUUGAAAUAAGAUACGAAAAUCUGCCUUACGUGUGCUAUUAUUGUGGUCAGCUAGGACAUAAUGAGAAAACAUGUGCCCACAGAGCCAAGGAUGUACAGGAUGGCACAGUUAAAACUGAUCAGUUUGGGAUUUGGCUAAAAGCAGAGAACCAUGCUUCUUUCUCGGAAAAGCAUAGGCAACAAGGGACAAACAGUACUAAUGGAAGUCCAGUGGUUAAUGGGAGAAGAGUUGAAAGAAUUGUAAACAGUUAGCAACACUUGGAAAAAGGUGCUGAAGUAGCUCAUACAUAGGGUCAAAAUGAACCAAAAGGGAAGGAAAUUACGGGUUUGAGCUGGAAGGAUAACGAUGUUCUAAACAGGGAGGACUCAAACCAAAUGCAACCUAAGGAGGUAACAAAUUAUGGAUCACAUGGAAAAGAAUUUGGUGGUGGAAGAAAUAAUGUUGGAGAAGAUAAUUAUGUUGGGAUUACAACAAGCUCAAAACAUGUUUUAAAUAUGGCUUCGAAGAAGAAUGACAUGAGUUCACAAACUUCAGCUAAUGCGAAUAUGUCUGACGGCACAACAAGGGGAAAAGAUGAUACUACACAGAUUAACUCGAAGGAAGUGCAAGACAACAUACAUCAAGUUCUCACAGCUCCUGAAAUGAUGGACGUCCACACCAAAACAACUACUGAACAAGAAGACAAGGACCAGAUGCAGGUCUACAAAGGGAAAAGGGAAAAGCAAGCAUCGGAAUGGCGGCUAUAGAUAGUUGUGGUCAUUUGCUUCAUGCCUUUGGUACCCCUAUUCAAUUUGUAGGGAAGGCCAUAACUGCUGA